GGUAUGUUUCAGAUUUAUUCAAUUGAAAAUGUAAAUGUAAAAUAUGAAUUUUCCCCACGUACCACUAGAGAGCGCACGUGUAUCGCCGGUGGUAUGCAUGCCACAGUUUGAGAACCACUGAGAAGGCAUUCUUGACACCUGGGAAAGUUCCCUUUUUCAGACAGCUGUAGUUAAUCUAACACACCACAUGGAGGAUCUUACACAGAAACUUGAAGGUCUAAACUGUAGACCAUGUAAGAGCCAGAACCUCACACAAUCCGGAGAAGAAAAAAAACAUCUUGGGCUGAGAGUUGCAAAAACUUGCCAUAACUUUUUUUUUUAAAACACUGCAAGUUGGUAGAUUCCUCUGGAGCAGGUUGAACAUCUGCAGUGGAUUUAAUCAGCAUUAAAGUGUAUUUCUGCCCUUGUAUCUACAAAGUAAACACUGUUGUUGGUCUGUUGCGUCUGUUGAUUGAACGCGUGCCAGGUCAUAAUACUGUGACAUUGAGUCGUGUAGUGUUUUAUCAAUACUUUCUCCCUGUGCUUUCUGUGUAGUCACCGCCGCUGCUUCUUCCCAGGAUCUGUUUUAGGAAAUGUUAAUCUUCUGAAGGCAGAUUAGCCACAACAGGCACUCUAAGCUUUGAUAACCUGCAUGUUUUAAACUGUGGUCUGUCUGUUGGACCAGUGACUUCAGGUCAGCUGUGGGUCAGCAGUGUUGGGAAAACAGAAUAACAGGGAUGGUAAUAUCCACUGUUUAAUGGAGGAACUCCCAGAUGCAGUAAUACUACAGUAUAUAUUCCUAAUGGUUCAUAAGAGGUUUAUUGUUCAGAAAUAUCCUCUGCUGUGUCAGUAUUUAGAAAGAGGUCAUGUCUGUACAUAGAGAGGAAUUCCCCCGGGGCAAUCCCCAGAGAAUCCCCCCGGAGGACAACUUUGGUAAUAGCUUACACCUAACACUUAACAAUUUAGCAGUAAAGCUAUUUAAACAGGUUUGUCAUUGUCUUUUAGCCAAAGAAUAAACAAAUGCCCUCCUCCUACUACCGGUGUUUUCAAAGUAUAACAAAUGUAAUAUUCUCAACACGCUCCUUUGUUUCGUUAGGUCGCUCCUAGAAUAAAACAAAAUACCAAAUUGCCAAAUUGCUCAUUUGUUGUUGGUGUAGUUUGUGAUUGUAGUCUGGCUGUUACUACGCUGAACAGUUGAAGUGUCAGACUGAGAGUUUUGCCUCUUAACAAACACAACAGAUACAGAACAUAAACUGUCCUUGGGGAGACAUCACUGUGUACCAGUACUAUGAAAUUAAUUUUCAUAGUUUUUGAAGUUUUCACUCUCAGGCUUCUGUAACACCAACAGUCCUGAGGGAUAUCCUUUCAGAGCUGGGACCUGCUAUUAAGUAUAUAGUGGUGCCAAAAUAAUACAGUAUCUGCCAAUGUUGCUUUAGACAUGCAUUGAUAUUUUGAGCGUCUCAUGUCUCCCCAUUACAUCAUGGGACCAGGGCUACCUAAAGUACUGCUUCAUGUAUUUGCAUUCACCACAGUACUGUAGUGGAGUCUUCUUAAAACCUAUUAUUCCAGAAAUGUGUUAGUUUUGAAUGCUUUGUCAUAUUAUUAUUAUUCACCCUUUAACUCCAGUAUACACUGAGACAUUCAGAAGUAUAUAUUUCUUUUUGCAUUAGUGUUUUACUGUAACUGGUGUUAGUGAAGGUCUUAGUUUGCCCCACUAAACUACUGUAGACAAAUUCUUUGUGGAUAUUAAUAACGUUUGUACACUUAUAAGAGGUUUAGUGCACUGCCACUCCUUUAGACGUGUCCUGUGGCCUGCAUCUGUAUUUAGAAAGAGGAUAAGUCUGGGUGCAAGGAAUUCCUUCUGGUAUUUCCUCCAGGAGAGUCCCCCAGGGAGGGUAUCAUGAAGUGGUCACUUCCUAACACAAAAAUCACAAUUUUCUUAAAGCUUCUAUAUUUUCACAUGUGAAAUAAAACAAUUUGAUCUUUGAUUUUAUGUAAUUUCUUGUGUUUUCUUCCCUGAUUUUGUGGCCAUGCGUGUGACGAUGUUUAUGUCUUUAUGAUGAUUUGCCUUGAUUCAAAGUGGACCAUCACUGCAGAAGUCAUCCAAAGGAUACUGCAUCAGAGCUGAGGGAACUUCCUUUGUUGAUCUCACCUUCCUGGAAACUGGCAUCCUUCCACCGUCAGCCCAGUCAGAGAGCAUGCUAUGUUCAGAAGUUCUAAGAAGACUCUGUUAUCCCAUUAAGGAGACUUUCCACUUUAAACUUAAGCCUUUAGGCAGUUGCAUGAGGCCUGAGUUCCAUGUCAUUGCUGCCUCCGUGCUCGGUGUGGACACAGACCUCUCUCCCCUGCUCCUACAGGACCCUGGACAGUAGAGGGAGGACAUUUAGGAAUAAUGGGGAGCAACUUCUCCAAUCUAGAAGACAUCCUGGAGGAGGACAUGCACCACUGGUACACCAAGUUCAUGAGGGAGUCUCCCUCCGGCCUCAUAACGCUCUUUGAGCUCAAGACAAUGCUGGACAUGAACGGGAUGUCGGAGGAGGCCAGCAGCUACGUGGACCAGGUCUUCUUCACCUUUGACAUGGACGGGGAUGGUUACAUUGACUUUGUGGAAUAUAUUGCAGCAAUCAGCUUAUUGUUGAAAGGAGAAAUCAACCAGAAACUGAAAUGGUACUUCAAGCUUUUUGAUCAAGAUGGAAAUGGAAAGAUUGACAAGGAUGAACUGGAGACCAUAUUUAAGGCCAUUCAGGACAUCACCAGGACCUACAGCGUCCCUCCUGAGGAGAUUGUGACACUGAUUUAUGAAAAAAUCGACGUCAAUGGAGAAGGUGAGCUGACGCUGGAGGAGUUUAUCAGUGGAGCCAGGUGUCAUCCUGACAUCAUGGAGAUGCUCAGCAAGAUGAUGGAUCUCACCCACGUGCUGGAGAUCAUUGUCAACGGUCAAUGCAAAAAAGCCGUAAAGUAAAUUCCUCCCGUGUGCGAGAUUGUGAAGACAUGUGAACUGCUGCCAAGUUGAAGAAGGAGGCUCCGGGAAGAGUCAGGUCCUCCAACAAAAUGUACAAAGUUCGAGUCAGACUUUGAAAGAGUGGAGAGUCUUCGAUCUUCUUCCUUCUGUUUGGGCUCUCACAUGGAAAGGCCCUUCUAUUUCGUCAAAGCUUAAAAAACAUUGAGACAGUGUUUUUGGCGGGAGUCUUAUUAAAGACUGUGGCUGCCAAAGAGCUCCCAUCAUGCUUUUCACCGAUGACGUAAAGCAAAAUGAAAUGUCCAUUUUGAUUUAUGUCUUCCAGGCAAACUAAGCUGGAAAGUGCUUCAUUCAGGUUUGCCAAGAACCCAGAGGCAGAGAGCAGACACUCCAGCUUUGUUGUGAGUAGUUUGGGGAAUACUUUUUGUUGGAGAGGUUUGGUUUGGAACAUAGUAAAUUCAUACUUCAUUCUGAUUAAUUCUGUUUAAAUCUCUGUCAGAGUCAAGUACAGUAUACAUGUAAUAGAUGGUAAAUGACUACAAUUGAAAAUGAAUGAAACACGGUUGCCUUAAAACACCAAUAAAGUGUUCAUUAUUCCUCAUAGCAU